AUGCUGACAGAGAGCGCUGCUCCAAGGAGCGACCAUGCGUCUCUGUUCGCGCACGAAGAUCCAAACGCGGGUGAGCUGCGGCGUGAUGUUUUUGCAUGUUUGUACAGGGAUGCCGCGCGGAAGCAGCAGCGCCAAGCGGAGGCGGGGCGUCUGCACCCGAGCAGUAUCAUCCCCCUCGUGCCGCCGCUGCGAGAGUACCUGGAUUCCCCGCCGCAGCGCAGGUGCUCGGCACUGUCCUCUUCGGCGCGGCGACCAAACGCGGGGGUGCGGCGCGGCUCGGACGAGAGCGUCAUUCGUCCCGGCAUCACCGUCUUCGAAACGAGCAGGCGCAUCGAGAAACUUGCCCUUCCCCGUGGGCCCGCAAACACUAUUAUCACCCCACCGUCGCCCAAUUAUGGCCGGCUGCUGAACUUUACAGAGGAGUCGAAGGAAAGACAAAUCCGCCGCUCUUCGCAUCCGUCGUCGCAUGUGCCGUGCGCUACAAUACCGACAAACAACCCCACGAUCAAUCGACUGGCCACGCCGAGGAGGCACACUGGAUCGCCAGGCGUUUCGACAGAGUCUUCAGUUGCUCGAGAAAGGCGACAACAACCGUUUCGCCCUGUUAACCCUGUGCGUCAGUCUCCUCCCGUUUUCCGUUUUAAGUAG